CAAGAUUUAAUUCUAAUACACAAUCUACACAAAACAUCUUUUGUGAAUGUAAAAACCAGAUAGAACAAAAACAAUAUGCAAGACAUAUAUCACGUGCUGAAGAAACGCCUGUAGCCAAAUCUCUGAAAGCCUUUAUGAAUAAAAAAACUGUUUGGCAAAAAAAGCUUAUACCUGCUAUAUUGUGA